AUGGUGAGCGGUGUAAACCGCACUAAUGUGUUCCUCCAGGAGGUUGCGCGCAACUCUCCGGUGGCGGCUUCGUCGCCAUCUCCGUCGGCUGAGCCAUCGCAACUCGAGGUUGACGCCCAGCGUUUGAGCGUGGAACUGUCAAAAUGCGGCAUAAAACUCUCCGAGCUGACGGCGCUGGCGCGCAAGCGCAGCAUCUACGUGGACCACACUGCGGAGAUAGAGCGUUUGACCGGGGAGGUUAAGGAGAGCAUAACCGCUGCGUCUAAUCGCAUCGACUCCUUUGAGUCCCGCGUGAACAGCGUGCGCCACAAGAAUGAACACAUGCGUCAGCAUUACGAGAAUCUGCUCGGCUCCCUGCGCAAGCAGCUGUGCGAACUGACCAAGAGUCUGAAGGACGCGCUGUACCAGCGUGCCCAGAUCAUGAUCCAGCAGGAGUCGCGCCGCAAGAUGUACUCGCACAGCGACCUGGAUCGCAGCGCCAUGACGCCCGGCUACGGCCGUCGCCGCUUCACCAUGCAGCAGCCCGCCGAAGGCGGCCAGCAGUUCGACAUAGAGAGUGGCGAGCUAGAACGGCCUUCGCGCUCUGUGAUCGCGGACGCCAAGGCGGAGGCGCUCGCCAACGUCCAACGCGCCAUCAGCGAGCUCACCCAGAUCUUCCAGCGCGUGACCACGUUGGUGACGCAGCAGGACGAGAUGAUCCAGCGCAUCGACGCCGACACCGAGGAGUCGCUCAACAACGUGAUAUCAGUUUAUUUAAACAAUAGAGGGCGCCGCGGCGGAGAUCUUGGGCCACAGCUCUGCGCACUCCUUGGCGACAGGGCCGGUGAUGGCGGACCCCUUCAUUUCUCCCUUGGGGUUUACGAUGACUCCGGCGUUGUCCUCAAAGUAGAUGAAGUAGCCCUCCCUGCGCCUCCAGGCCUUGCGCUGGCGCACGAUGACGGCGGGGUGGACCUUCUUCCUGAGGUCGGGCUUUCCCUUCUUGACGGUCGCGAGGACCAUGUCGCCAACGGCGGCCGAUGGCAGCCUGUUGAGGCAGGCACCGAUACCCUGGAAGGUCAUGAAUUCAAUGAAUGUGUUUGGGUUAUGCAACGGGUUCAGAAUCGGAUUGUUCGGCUGUAUGAAAUCAUCAAGAUGUUCAGGCCUAUCAUUGAGAAUCAUCACGUUAUCCCGGUCUAA